AUGCAUCCCUAUUCCGCGAGAAACAAGGUAAGCCACACCAGACUCAAAGCUACUUCGAAACGACAGCGUGCUGACACCACGGUCCAAUACCAGGUGCCGACCAUCCAGAAGCUCGCCAAGGAACUGGCAGAACGGCUAGACCUUCAAAAGGCUGAUGCAUCCAAAGCAGCCUCUGGCAAAGACUCUGCAAAACUCGCUGCCGCAAGGGCAGCUUCUCGGAGAAAAGUCAUUGAUCCCACUACCAAGAACGAAAUCGUUAUCCAAGAUGUUGAUGGAUCGUUCGAGGACUCGAUUCGGCGACCCAAGAUUACUGUGCCUGACAUCAAUCAUCUUCCCGAGGGCCAGGGAGAGACCUACAGACGGACGCUGGACGAGCUCGCGCCACCAGAAGCCGACCCAGCGAGGACGCACGACUAUCUGCAUCACAGCAAGAAUUACGAUGUGCCGUACCAUCCAACCCCAGUUGCAGAUUGGAAAGCAAGCUUUUCUGCCUUGGAAGGGGCAGUGCGUCAAAUCAACGCCGUAGUCAUUGUUGGUAUUGUGGCACUGAACUGGGUAUGCCUGGGGGGCGGCUGGAAAGGGCUACUCGCAUCGCUCUUGGCAGGAGUAAUUGUGGCUUUUGGAAUUCAUCUCUGGCUUCGAAAUAUACAAGACAAUGCCAAUGCCAUUAAUUGGGACUCUGAGCGCCAGCGAGCGACCGCCGCAACCGAGUCUUUGGUUCCAGAAUCCGUAGAGUGGAUGAAUUCGCUAAUGGGUAUCGUGUGGAAGCUGAUCAACCCGGAGAUUUUUGCUGCCAUGGCAGAUACGCUUGAGGAUGUCAUGCAGGCAUCCGUUCCGCCGGCAUUGAUUCAAAAUGUCAAGGUGUCGUCGAUUGGGCUCGGAGAUGAAUCAUUCAAAAUCCUUUCGCUUCGUUCUCUUCCUUCAGCAGAAGACGGCGUAACGGUGCAAAACGAGACAAGUGAACAGACUAUGGCAGAAGAGAGUCAAACCAAUAAGAAGGAACAGAGAGAAUUGGAGGGCGAGGACGAUCCGAACUGCAAGUACUACAACCUUGAGGCUUCCUUCGCGUACCAUGCGAUCCCCGCCUCGGGAGUAAUUGGAAAGGCCAAAAACUUGCAUCUAGAAGUCAUUUUCUACCUUGGAAUCCAAAGCCUCCUUGGCGUCCCCAUUCCCAUCUUUGUCGAAUUGAAUGGUAUUAUUGGGACAAUUCGUCUUCGGUUCCAACUGACUCCCAAUCCACCGUUUCUCAAAAAGCUCACAUUUACGUUUAUGGGUCUUCCGAAAAUUGACGCAUCCGCUGUACCACUGACUUCCAAGGGGAUCAACGUUCUUGACUUGCCUUUGAUCUCUGGAUUCAUCAACUCUUCUAUUGCCGCUGCGCUGGAUAUCUACGUUGCCCCGAGGUCCCUCAUCAUGGAUGUAUCCAAAUUGCUUCAGGGGGACUCGGUGAAGAAGGAAACCGAUGCCAUGGGCCUCAUCUACAUCAAAAUCAAACACGCGAAAGGCAUCGCUGCCCAAGAUAGAUCAGGCAAAAGCGACCCAUUUAUCACCCUCGCAUUUUCCGAGUUUGGAAAACCAGUCUACUGUACUCGCAUCAUCGAACAGGAACUCAAUCCCCGGUGGAACGAACAGACGUGUCUUCUUGUCUAUCAGGAUCAGCUCACAGCAGGCGAAAGGCUCUCUGUUGAGCUGUGGGACUCAGACAUGAUUACCUCUGACGAUGCGGUUGGCAAGGUCCAUUUUGACCUUCGAGAUCUGAUUAAGAAUUACGGCAAUCGAAUCGCCGAGCGCGCUGACACACUUGAAGACGAGAAGGGGGAAGCGUUGCCCGGAACAUUGUACUGGGACAUUGGCUACUUUCCCAGGUCAAAAUUAAAGGAGUCCAUGAAGACAGACGGACGCGACGCUUCCUUACCAGAGUCCAUCCGGCACCGACCUGAAUUUCACGAUGAUAAGGGCACGGUAAUGACGCAGCAUGAAGUCGAUGUGACUACGACACCCCCAGACCCUUCGCUUCCAUCCGGCAUCUGUUCAGUUCUCAUUCAUCAAGUCUCGAAUCUCGAGGUACACCGCCCUUCUGGAACAUUUGGCAACUAUCAACCCUGGACACCAGCUCAGAUCACCGGGGAGAAUACCGACGAAGAGGCAGAUGAUUUGCCGUCUUCCUAUUGCACCAUUCUCCAGAAUGAUGAAUUGGUGUUCAAGACGAGGACCAAAGUCAAGAGUUCAACACCAAUAUUCAAUGCCCAGACUGAACGAUUUGUCAGAGACUGGCGCACGAGUGUUUUCACAGUAACAUGCCGAAACAGUGUGUACCGGGAACAUGACCCGAUCCUGGGUGCGGUAACAAUUAAAUUGAGUGAGGUGCUUCAGACAGCGUCACAAAAGACUGCCGUCUAUGCCCUGGAUGGCGGUAUGGGAUAUGGCCGCAUCACCAUCUCGGUCUUGUUCAGGUCAGUUGACCUCAAGCUUCCCAAAAACAUGCUCGGUUGGGACAUUGGCAGCAUUGAAGUCCUAGGUGACAAGGUCGUUGUCGAGGACGAUUCCGCUGGUACCUUGUCGAAUUCACGAAUUGCCGUCUACACGGACUCGGCCAAAGGCAACAUUCACCGCCGCUGGAUCAACAAAGGCAGAAAUAGACCCGGCACCGUUGAGUGGAACCUUGACCAUUUCAAAGAAGGAUCGAAUGAGCUGCAGCUACACCGUAUUCUCAUCCCAGUGCGCCAUCGCUAUCAAUCCCCUCUGCGGUUGCUGUUUUUCAGCCCUACCAGCCGAAAGCCUAUCGCAUAUGCAGUAUACUGGCUCUCCGACUUGGUUGAUAACACAUCCACUACUCUGACUCUUCCGAUAUACAAGACCUCUCGGCCAAAACAGCUUGCGCAGAACUACCAUUCUACUGCCAAGGCAAUAAACGAUCUGGAAGCAGAAAAAAUUGGCACUGUCGAGCUAACGGUGCGGUUCAAAAUGGGCAUGGACAACUCGCAUCAACAAUGGCUCAAAACAAAUGACGACCACGAGAGCUACGAGAGUUGGAGAUGUACUCUUGCCGAGGGCUAUCGCACGCGGAUCGUGAAGCGGGAGACGCCCGGUGCAGUAAAGGACGUUGUAACUAACCGAAAUGCGGACAACGAGGUCGCGGGAACCAACUCUGACGAUGUUGAAGGUGCCGAAUCCGCAGAGGACGACGAAGCCGACGCCGACGCCUUCCGGUUACCAUUCGGGGCGCCCAGCUUCGACAAAGAGGUUGAUUCGUCAUAUUCAGCAAAUUCCGACUCUUUAACUGGUGUUGAGUUUGCGAGUGACCUGGGCCGGUACGCCUCUUCGGCGUCCUCGGUUUUCUCAGAUGACCAUUCUUCAAUCGUUCUCCAAGAAGACCUUACGGAUUCGGAAAUAGAGGACGCAGAGCUGAAGAGGGCAAGACAGAAACAGGAUAAAAAGGAGAGCAGGGCGGAAAUGCAUCGGAAACACCGAGGAAUAAUGAAUAUCUCAGCUCUAAGGCAUUUGAAGUUUGUAAAGGAUGAAACAAAGGUGCUGGGGCAUAAGAUUAAAGAUAGAUUUAGUAUGAAGGGAAGGGAACCUGGAGUCGAAACGGAAAUAUGA